AUCCCAUCCUUCUCUCUCUCUCUCCAUACAUAGCAUCCCCACAUCCCAUCCUUCCAUUUCAUGUCAUGAACACCAUCAUCCUCAGAUCAUCAUAACCAUCAUUAUCAUUAUCAUUCUCAUCAUCCUCCUCUUCUUCUUCCUUGACAACACGGAGAAGAAGAAGAGGAAGAAGAGACGGAAGAAUAGCAACAAUAUCUUGGUCUCGACAUGGACCACGAGAUCAACGGCCGUGCUGAGGCCAUUCUAGAGCUUGUACACAAUAUCGGCACGGUCGGAGAUUUCGCUGCACCUCUGAAGAAGGAUUGCACCGAUCUCGCCCGUCGGAUUGCACUGCUCUCUCACCUUCUCGAGGAGAUCAGAGAUUUCAAGCCUUCUUCUUCUCCGUCAUCCUCCUCUUCUUCUUCUCCUUCUCCUUUGUGUUUGAAUGAUUUGCAAAUGGCCCUUGAGGCUGCCAAGCGGCUGCUUCUGGUUGGACGUUCGACGGACAAGAUCGUCCAUGAUUCAGCUAGGAAGAGGAUCGCCUUCCAAUUCCAAUAUGUAACAUGGCAACUGGAGAGAGUUCUUGGAAACUUACCGUAUGAUCAUUUUGAUAUAUCAGAUGAAGUUCGAGAACAGGUUGAACUGGUGCGCGCUCAGCUGAGGAGAGCAACAGAGAGAAAUGGAUCACUGAAUUUGAAAGUUUUUAUGGUAAUUUCGUGCAUCUUAUCUCAGACAGACAACAAUGGAGAUGAACAACACGCAUUGAGUAGGGCGAUUGGAGACUUAAAAAUUGAGAACAAAGGAACUAUCGAUCCUGAUUUCCAGGCAAUGGUUAACAUGGUUUCAGAAAUCUAUGGGAGGAAUGAGCAGAAUUUGGAGCAGAUGAAAUGCAUUUUUGAGAAUCUCAACAACCCUGCAUCAUCCGAUGCUGAUAAAAUCAAUGAAGACAGCAUCAAGAUAGAAAGCUUAGCUAACAAGAUCUCAGAAGAAAUCAAGAAACCUGAUUCUCUUGCAAUUCCCGAUGAUUUCCGUUGCCCCAUAUCUCUUGAAUUGAUGAGAGAUCCUGUUAUUGUAGCCACAGGGCAGACAUAUGAGCGGUCUUUCAUACAGCAAUGGAUCGACUGUGGAAACAGAACAUGCCCAAAAACUCAGCAGAAACUCCCAAACCUAACACUAACUCCCAAUUAUGUUUUAAGAAGCGUGAUUGCGCACUGGUGUGAGACCCACAAGAUCGAACAGCCCCAAGGAUUGUCGAAUGGCAGACUAAGGAAGAGCAACGGAUCGUUCCACCAAGUUAGUGGAGACACAACAGCCAUUGAAGCUCUAGUCCGUAAGCUCUCCAGUCAGUCGACCAACGAGCGAAGAAAUGCUGCUGCUGAAAUCCGGUUACUGGCAAAAAGAAGCACUGAUAACCGGAUAUUGAUAGCUGAGGCCGGAGCCAUUCCAAUUCUAGUCAAUCUCUUACAAACCGAUGACUUCAGACUACAAGAAAAUGCGGUCACAUCGAUUCUCAACCUUUCAAUCUAUGAGAGGAACAAAGGAUCGAUAAUGCUAGCAGGGGCUGUCCCCCCAAUCAUUGAAAUUCUCAGGCGGGGCAGCAUGGAGGCCCGAGAGAAUGCGGCCGCCGCCCUUUUUAGCUUGUCGCUCAUCGACGAGAACAAGAUAACAAUUGGGGCGUCGGGGGCGAUAAAGGCAUUGGUGGAACUGCUCCGCAAUGGGAGCACUCGUGGGAAGAAGGAUGCUGCGACCGCUCUCUUCAACCUGUGCAUCUAUCAAGGGAACAAGGCACGUGCAGUACGGGCGGGAAUCCUUGUCCCCCUGAUGAAGAUGCUGACUGAGAGAAGCAACUGCAUGGUCGAUGAAGCUCUAACAAUACUAUCAGUCCUUGCAAGCCACCAAGAUUGUAAGAUGGGGAUAGUGAAAGCAAACGUGAUACCGGUCUUGAUCGACCUGAUCAGGACAGGCCAGCCGCGGAACAAAGAAAAUGCGGCGGCCAUCCUGCUCUCGUUGUGCAAGAAAGACCGUGAGAACUUGGCCUGCAUAGGGAGGCUGGGUGCGCUCAUACCACUGACCGAGCUGGAGAAGAGUGGCACGGACAGGGCGAAGCGCAAGGCUACGGCAUUGCUGGAGCAUCUAAGUAGGGUGCAGCAGCAGAUGUAGGGUAUAGAUUUUAUUUUUUAUUUUUUUAACUGCAAUUUAAGUGUACACAGCAUUGUUUGUGCAUGGCAGAGAACCUUAGAUAAGAGAAAAUGAAGAGAGAUUAUCUAUUGGUUGCUGUCAUUCAUUCCAUUCUUUGUUCUGGUUUGUAUAAGUGUGUUUGAGGAUUGAUUUCAGGCCUGGAGAUGAUCCAGUUCUCAAAUUGGUGUGAUUGGAUUUGGAUUGGAUUUUAA